CUAGCCCACCUCUUCCUCAGCUACAACUAUCGACCGCACAUUCGGCAGAUACGAGGCGGGGUUGCCCGUGAUGUAUGAGGGCAGGGGAAGGUGCCCCCGCGACUCGAUCCUGAGCUGUGUGAUGCCCGCCCACACGAGCGACCCCCACAUCUGCCCUGCCUGCUGGCCAUGGACGCCCCCGUGCGAGUGGAGGAUGCCAUGGCCAUGCCCGCCGCCGUGCGAGUGGAGGGUGCCAUGGGUGGCGUGUCUGGCGAGGGCCUGGGCUGUGGCGAUGGACGGCUGGAGGUCAUUGAUGUUGCCGGCGAAGGGCAGCUGGAUCGCGAGGGGCUGCCUCUGCCGGCGGGGGUCGCGGCCGUCGGAGAGGUGGUAGCUCUCGAACGCGUUGGGGGCCAGGCAGGUCGUGCGAAAACGAUGCAGCUUCUGCACACACACAGACAGACACACCGACGCGUUCAUUGGGGUGGUGAGCUGAGCGGAUGUCUGUGUACCGACCUGUAUCUGAGCAACCGACGAGAUGGGCCUCAUUCCAAAUUCUAUGUGGCGCAGACGCCCCCCUCCCCCUGUCGCUGCCCCUGCCGUGCCUGCCCCAACAGCACCACCGCCGCCAUUGUCGCAGAUGACGUCGAUGAACCUCUGCAGGUCGAUGUUGAACCAGGCCACGUCGGCCCGGAACGCCACGCCAGUGAGGCUCGUGAGCGACGAGGCUGCAUGGCACGCAGGCAUUGAUUGAUCCAUGUCAUGUGCAUCAUGAAUGCCGCGAGAAGAUAGGCCCACCCCACCUGAGGGUGUGCCCUGGAGUGACUGUGUCGCGUCCUCAAUCGUCACCUCGCCGUACAGCUUCGUGUCCGCCUGACAGACAGACACGAGCCAGUCAGCCAGUCAGUGAACCACACAAAACACAACCAGUCAGCCAAGCCGCCUAAUGCACCAUACCCCUCCUCUCGCUGAGCUGACCAGGUCCGAGGUGACGUGAAGUGCCGUCAGCCCGCCGGACGCCUUGGCGAUCCAGGAGCGGGGCCCGUGUGUGCUGAGGUCCACCACGGAGAGGUCGCGCAGGGCCGGGAGGCUGUAGUUGCGCUGCUCGGCAAUCGCCGACCACCCGUUGAUGAUGGUGGCCGUGUGUAGUUGGCUAAAGGUGAGGGGCGUCUUGUUGGGCAUCAUCCAGACCUGCUUGCGAACCUGCCCUCGCCCCCGGCGCCACACCAAGUGCCCCUCUGACCAGCAACACACACAGAGACAGGGAUAAGACCAACACAUACACAGAUACGGCAACACGUAUGACAUGAAGAGGGGCCAAAGCGCAUUCGUAACAGUCAGUCAGUCAGUCCAACAAGCGCACCUUGGUUGCGGCGCCCCCAGCCCUUGACGCGCAGGACCCGCAGCGAUGGUGCCAUGGACUCGAGCACGUGGAGCAGGGAUGGGGUGGGGUGGUGGUCCACACGCACCUCACGACACUCAGACAAACGGCCUGCCGUUUCAUGACACGCGGGGCGGUGGUGGUCAGAGAGUUGUGGUGUUGCGUCUGUGGUGUCUUGCCUUCACUUACCGGUCCAUCGCUCGGCGAUGUGCUGUUUGGGGCUGCUGUUGAGUUCGAGCAUGGGGUGCAUGGCCGGCUGCUGGACGAGGGAGCUGAAGUAGGUGUUGACCGCGAUCAGGGACGUGACGCAGGGGAGGAAGCCCAGGUAGGCCCCCACGCCGACACGCUCCCCGUCGCUCAGCCAGAGAGCUUCGGGCAGACCCUCUAUCGUCAGAUCGUCAUCCUGACACACACACACACACACACAUUGGGCGUGUGUGUGGGUGUUUGGUUCGGGCGCGUACGAUGUCGUUGUUGAUUCUGUCCAUUUUGUCCUCGAGUGUCUUCAUCUUCCUCAGCGCCUGCUCCGUCUGCUGCUUGGCCACCACCCCGUUGUGGCGCACCUGCUCCUCGGCGUCCCCCAGCAGCAUCGACACCAACACCCGCAUAUUCCUGUCCAGAUCCUGUACCCCAGGGGUGCGUGAGCACAACCACACACACACACACACACACACACACACAUGGUGGCUUCCUGAAGGUGAGGGCGUGGGGGGUGUGGUGUGGUGUGAUGUGAUGUGUUGGUGUGACCUGCACGCGACUCUGUGUGGCGGGUGUGUCGUUAGGACUGAGGGCGCCCCUCACAUCAAACACACGCUUGGCCUGCAUACCAUCGCAUCGCAUCGCAUCGCAUCGCAUCGCAUCGCAUCGCAUCACGCACACAUCACACCACACAGAGAGAGCAAUACAUGAUCAUGUAGAGCACGACGGAGCACUACAUGAUCAUCCAUCUCGCUCACGUUGUCCCGCAGAUUCUUGACUCGUGCUAGCUGUUCCUCGAGUGUGUCGGCCAGCUCGUCCAGCGCCGCCAACACGUCAGAAGGGCCCUUCUCCCCCUCCUCUGCUACAUCCAUAUCCCCACCCUGCACCAACACAACACACACAGAUACAUACUAAUGCUCCGGCCACACCCAACACCAUGCAUGCCAUGGUGUGCUGUGCUCCAUCGCUCCCCCUCACCUCCAUGUCGACGUCAUCCGUCGCUAUCUGCCCAGCCGCUGCUGCGGCGGCCGCUCCGCCAGCACCGUCCCCGCCAUCCGCACUGCCCGCCGCAGACCCCUCCAUGUCAUCGCUCCUGGUCACCUUGGCCGCCACCCGCUGCCGCUUUUUGGCGGCGGCUGGUGUGCUGCCCCUCCGACGCUUCUUGGCCUUGUCCAGCUCCCAGUCAGAUCCAUCAUCCUCCGAAGCCGAUGAUUCGGCCGCCAUCUCCUCGUCAUCAUCAUCCUCCUCCUCCUCAUCUCGCGUGGCCAUGCGCCGCUUGCGGAUGGGAGAGCGCGAUGCAGCAGCAGCAGCUGCGGCCGACGGAGAUGCCGAUGCAGCGGCAGCAGGAGCCGACGCCUUCCGCUUCGAACGGCUACGUAGGCCAUCCAUGCUUGGACUGACCCAGGGCUAUCUGAAACGCUCUCUUCACCGGGAAGAGCGGGUGCAGGGGAU